ACCCCUUCCCUUCUACCACAAAUUUUUUUUCCACCUUCCCUCUCUCUCUUCUCUGCUGUCUCUCCCCCCCUCCAUCUGCUUUGCUGGCCCCUGGCCUGUGAAGUUACGAUUUUGCCCCUGGUGGGCCCCACCUUUGUACAUCUCCUUCCCUUUUUUUUCUACCCUUUUUGCAGAACACAUCGCCCUUCUCUUUUUCCUUUUCUCCCAUCGAAACCUUUUUUUUUUUUCUGAAUUCCUCUCUUUCUUUGACGGCUCUGACUCGUGCUGACGUGGCACGUGGCGAACGACCCUCAGCCGUCGAUAUGUCGCUCAGCGAGAAGCUGGAGGCGGCACGUGUCGCGGUCGGCAAGCGCAAGGAGCGGGAGCUCCUGGCUCAGGCUCCGGCUAAUAAAGCUCUAGCCGAGCCGGGUACUAAUAAGCCGGCUCCGGGGCCGGUCCCCAACAACAAGCUCCUAGCCGGUCACCUGGCGCACGAGUUCCUGACCCGCGGCACGCUCCAGGGCCGCCGGGUCGAGCCGACGAAGCCGAGCCAAGCCGCCGCCUUGCAUCCCGGCGAGCCCGUGCCCGAGCCGGAGCCCGACGCCGCCAAGCGGAGGAGGUACGCCGAGGUGUCGUGGCUCCUCAUGGCGAGCGGGGCCCGCGUCCCCGGCGUCGUCAACCCGACGCAGCUCGGCCGCUGGCUCCAGAUAAAGGAGUGACGUGCCGGCGACCAGACAUCACAACCCCAGGUGGUUUUCCCCCUUUUCACCGGGGAGAACCGACACAUCAUCAAACCGGUUUCUUCGUUUUCUCCUCCUCUUUGCCUGCUCCUCCUGUUUAGAUUUUAGAUCUAGGAGAGAAAAAGAAAAAAAAAACGUUGGUGUACUAGCAGCUUUAUUCGAUGAAAUUAUUGUUGUUAUUCAAAACCAAUGACCAGAAUGGUCCAGCUUUCUAUAGAAAGCGCGAUUUCUUGUUAGUACUA